AUGUCUCGUUCAGACGAGGUCAACAAGAUGACAGAAAACGUGUAUAAGGGGAUUCUGGACCAGUUCAACCCCAGUCUGAAGAACUUUGUGACCAUGGGGAAACACUAUGAGAAAGCCCUGACAGGGGUGACGGUAGCAGCCAAGGGAUACUUCGAUGGUUUGGUCAAACUGGGAGAACUGGCCAGCGACAGCCAAGGGUCCAAAGAACUGGGAGACACGUUAUUCCAGAUGGCUGAGGUGCACAGGCAGAUUCAGGUUCAACUGGAGGAUGUGUUGAAGCUGUUCCAUUCUGAGCUGCUGUCACAGUUGGAGCAAAAGCUGGAGUUGGACAUUAAAUAUCUUACCGCCACAUUGAAAAAAUAUCAGAGUGAGCGCAAGUCGAAGUCGGAAUCUAUCGAGCGCUGCCAAUCACAGCUCAAGAAGCUGCGCAGGAAGAGCCAGGGCAGUCGCCACCCCAACAAGUACGGAGAUAGGGAGAUGCAGUAUGUGGAGCUAAUGAGUCGUCGUCAGGCUGAGCUGGACACGCUGGUUGCUGUGGGUUACCGCUCAGCGCUGACGGAGGAGAGGAGACGAUACUGCUUCCUUGUGGACCGCCAGUGUUCCGUCACCAAGCUGCUCAUCAACUACCACUGCAAGGUGAGAGAGCUCCUGUCACAGAAGCUGUCCUCAUGGCAACAGUCAUGCUCCCAGCCAACCAGACUACCUGAACGGGCGCUCAACCUGCUGCGUCACACCGCCCCUCAGGGCUCUGGGGCAUCUGGGAUAGCUGAUCUCCUCCGACAUGCUAAACUGGGCGCUGCACAGCCAGAACAGAGGCUGUCAGUACAGGAGGUGCCUCCCUUGUUGAAUGGUGGCUCCCAGCAGCAGAGACCCAUCCCCUCUUCUUCCCAGAGUGAUAUCCCCCCUCCCCAAAACUCCCCCGGACCCCAGACCUUCCGCUCCCUCGCUGCCACUGGAGGGGCUAUUGGAGGGAGUGGGGCAGGCUCCCCUCAGCAGACCAGCACGCAUAUUAGUGUCUCAGCUAGCCCCAAUGCUAACAACAACAUAAGUGCUAAUGCUAUCACUACUGCUAACACUCCCACCACUUCAUCCACCUCCUCCACGGUUGGCUCAAGCCAAGCCCAGCAGACCUCUCUUCUCCUGGCCACCAGCACCUCCAGCCUUUCUCCAAGUCUGAUCCCCUCCACUGUGCUUUCUCUCAGCCAGGGCUCCCCAUCCUACUCCUCCCUACAGGGCCUGGCCCUGCCACUGUCCCUCAGUGCCCCUCACAGUCCUCCACUACCCCACAGUGCACCUCUCUCCAGGGCCAUAACCCCCUCGCUGCACCACCAGGGAGCAGCGGAGAUGUAUGGAACGUCUACACUGCCGUUGCCUAGGAGACCAGUCAGCGAGGCCCGGGUGGGAGGGUUUAUGGGUUCCACUCUGCCCAGAGACAGAGUUCUCCCUCUCUCCACCCCGUCUCGUGUGGAAGUCAUAUUUGCCCACGCUCCUGGGGGUACAGAGUGCAGUGGAGUGGGCGGGGCCUGCUUACUUCACUUCCUGCCAGGCGACGCUCUCAGCCUCCUCAUCUCUGAGCCCAGAGACGGGUGGCACUAUGGCCAGAACGAACGGACGGGACGGAAAGGCUGGUUCCCUUUCUCCUACACUCAGCCCUACCCCAACACUUUGGAUCCCCUCGACAGCAGAUCCCCGCUCCUCUCUAAGGUCAACAGUACCAGUACGGGUCAGUUAGAUAAGCUGGUCUCCCCUGGUCUGCCUGCCCUGACCCCUGAGUCCGAGGAGGAGCGCUCAUUCCCCCCUCAGAGGGUCAGCACCUUCCGCCCACGCCCAUACAGCAUGGCCGACUCCAACCAGGUCAGCCUGAGGCCGAAGGUCAGAGGUGAAGGGCUCUCCUCAGACUUUGCCUCUCCUCCACCCUCCCCAACCUGGACCAACCCAUUUGCCCAUGUCCGGCUCAGAAAGACGGUGACCAACGAUCGCUCUGCACCCAUCAUCGAAUAGGACAUGGUCUCCUUGAACAGGCAUCCA